UGGGGCCGGGAUCUGCUGAGAGGCGCGCUUGCUGUCUGCUGCGCCUGCCCGGCUCGGGGCGGGAGGGGGCAAGCCGGGAUGCCCCUCCUGAACCAAGGGUCAACAGACAUUUAUUGCACGGCAACCAGGGCGGGGCUUCCGGUCGCACAGGACGUCGAGGUGGAGGGAUGUGGUCCCCCUCCUAGGAGGUUCAGUAGCAGCAAGGUCCCGCGAGGAAGCUGCGGAUACAACAGUAGUUCCCUUGGAGUGUGACUGUGAAGAUUCAGUGUGACAAUCUACAUGAAGUACGCAGCAUGGCAUGCGGCGUGGAAGGUCAGCUCGGGAGAGGUGAUGGGGCAUGGCUGUGCCUCAAGCUUUUCCAGCGGGCCCCCUUUCCGAGCCUGCAGGUGCCCUGACGGAGGCCCAGCCCUGUGCUCGGAAUUUGGCUGAGGGCUUCCUGGAGGAAGAGCUUCGGCUCAAUGUUGAGCUGAGCCAACUGCAGUUUUCCGAGCCUGUGGGCCUCAUCUACAAUCCUGUGGAUUAUGCGUGGGAGCCGCAUCGAAGCUACGUGACUCGCUACUGCCAGGGCCCCAAGGAAGUGCUGUUCCUAGGCAUGAACCCAGGACCUUUUGGCAUGGCCCAGACUGGGGUGCCCUUUGGGGAAGUGAGUGUGGUCCGAGACUGGUUGGGCGUUGGGGGGCCUGUGCUGACUCCUGCCCAAGAGCACCCCAAGCGACCAGUGCUGGGACUGGAGUGCCCACAGUCGGAGGUGAGCGGUGCUCGAUUCUGGGGCUUUUUCCGGAACCUCUGUGGACAGCCCGAGGUCUUCUUCCGGCACUGCUUUGUCCACAAUCUUUGUCCUCUGCUCUUCCUGGCUCCCAGCGGACGCAACCUCACCCCUGCCGAGCUGCCUGCUAAGCAGCGAGAACAGCUUCUGGGGAUGUGUGACGCAGCCCUCUGCCGCCAGGUGCAGCUGCUGGGGGUGCGGCUAGUGGUAGGAGUGGGGAGGCUGGCGGAGCAGCGGGCACGACGGGCUCUGGCUGGCCUGACGCCAGAGGUCCAGGUGGAGGGGCUCUUGCAUCCCUCUCCCCGAAACCCACAGGCCAACAAGGGCUGGGAGGCAGUGGCCAAGGAAAGGCUCAGUGAGUUGGGGCUGCUGCCUCUGCUGACAAAGUGAAAGCCCCCGGGGCUUUGAUGUAGGGCACAUUCAAGGGCCCCAAGUCAUCCUUGCACAAGCAGAUGACUGCACAUCUCCUGGACUGGACCAGCAAGGUCUUCUUGGGCUCUCUGGUGCCAGCAAACACGUUUUUUGAUCUGUUGAUGCAUCUUCCGGCCUGACCUGAGGCAGUGUCUGCCUGAGUGAGAAGUGACACUGCUGCGGUUUGCCCUGCUGCUUCCUGCGCCUUCUUUGAGCGUUGGCCCUUUCGUGUUACAGUGUCUGACUCCACAGAGAAUCAGCACAGGUGGGCGUUCUGCCGACAGCUCUACCUCACUGUCCCUUGCGAGCCUCUGCGCAGCUGAGAAUGUCCUGGGCAGACACUUCUAAGGUCGUGUGUGCUGUUUCAGAGGGAAGAUUUUUUAAUCUUAUAUUUUUAUUGACGUUUAUUAAGCGUACAGAUUAAUGGGGUUCAGUGUGGUUUUUCCACACACACAUACAGCGUGCACUUACCCAACCUCCUUUUUACCCAGCCUCCCCCACCCUCACCUCUUCCAACCAGAGGCUGGCUCUCCAGGAUUCCUGCCCGUCCUUAACGGAACAACUUCCGCCGGCGGACCCUUCUCCCGCAAGGACCAGGGCAGGGCAUGGGGUGUGAGGUUAAUAAUGAACUUCCUGUAGGAGGCUGAGGCUAGAUGAGAAUUCGGUGUGGCAGAGUAGGGAAAGUCAGAAGAGCUGAAUUUUCAUCCUAGCUUUGACACUUGUGAACUUUAUUGUCCUUUUUAUGUUUUAUUUUUUGUUGUUUUUUAUUUUUCUUUUUGUGGGAUUUGUGAACUUGUGUCUCAGGAUCUUCGUCUAUAAACUGGGGAUGCUUUUUUCAUGGGGUUCUGGUGAGGAUCAACUGAGCUCACACUUUAGAGGCCUUGCACAGGCCCCGCACUAGGUGCUCACUACAUAUUCUCCUUGCGUUCUGGCCUCUGGGGUGGGAAGCUGCUGCACUACAAAGGAAGCCCCUCUUCACUCUGAAGACUGCUGGGAGGCGUUCGGGCCUCCAUCUGUGGUCUGGGUGAGGUGGACCAAUAACUGAAAAACCCAGCCUGUGAUUUUUCAGUCUAAGCAUUAAAAGCUCCUAAACUCUC